GGAAAAAGACAGAGAAGGAGGAAAAAGACAGAGAAGGAGGAAGUGUCCUCGUCGUGAGGCGGAGUGAUCCGGAGCUCUACAGGACACGGAGGCUAAACUUGAUGACGUGGUGCCGGGACGACGAUGGCCGACCAGAGCAGGCAAAAUAAACUCGCCGCAGCUAAGAAAAAGCUGAAAGAGUUUCAGCAGAAGAGUACACAGUCCCCAGUCAACCCUGGACCGAAGAAGAAGAGGAAGGUGAAAGGUGGAGGUCAGGCGGAAACUCCGUCUUCCGACAGACACUCGCCAGAACACAUUGAGAAUAUUCUCAAAGUUAUGGUGUCCGAUCUUAGUCUGACUAACGGAUUAGCUCUUCCGCCUUUGGUCAAAAGCCAGGACCACGAUGAACAGGGAACGCGGGAAUCCCCGAUGUCUCAGAUGCAGGAUGAUGCAGGAGAACCUGGUCGCUGCUCUCCUGGUUCUAAUCUCUCCACUGCUACUAACACGGAGUGUCUCGCUGACCGCGCUGACCUGCAGGACCACGAUGAACAGGGAACGCGGGAAUCCCCGAUCUCUCAGAUGCAGGAUGAUGCAGGAGAACCUGGUCGCUGCUCUCCUGGUUCUAAUCUCUCCACUGCUACUAACACGGAGUGUCUCGCUGACCGCGCUGACCUGCAGCAGAACUGUGACCUGGAUGCCAACGGUGAUGAACACACUCCAGUGGAUAACAGGCCGCUGUCCUCCACAGAGAGUCUGAGGCAGCUCUCUCAGCAGCUCAACGGCCUUCUCGCCGAGUCAUCAUCAUCAUAUGUCAACGGGGAGACUGGACCAGCGCUCGUCAACGAAAAAGCAGUGGAGACUCGAAUCCAGGAGCUGGCAGAUGCUCUGGACUCCAGCACUCUAGAAAAUUCCCAGCUCACUGCAAAGCUAGAGACACUGACGAAGCAGUCUCAGGAGAUGUCCGAGCAGAUUCAGAAGGAGCGGAAGGACUUCGAGCAGAAGUGUGUGAAGGAACAAGGGGCGAUGCGUGAACAACUGCAGGUUCACAUCCAGACCAUCGGCAUUCUCGUGUCUGAGAAGUCUGAACUGCAGACCGCCUUGUCUUUUACACAGCACGCAGCACGCCAAAAGACAGAAGAGGCAGAGGAACUGAAUAAUCGGCUGCACUCCAGCAAGUACAGGGUGUCCGAGCUGGAGCGGACUUUAUCCACAGUGUCAACACAGCAGAAACAGCUGGAGAAGCAUAAUAAAGAACUGGAGAAGGACCGGGACAGCCUGCGACUAGAAAUCUUAAGAUUAAAUAACGCGAACGAGGAAACGAAGCAGCAAAGCUCCGAGCUAGGAGAACAGCUGAAGUUAAAGGUGAGGGAGAACAGCGCUCUGUGUCUGGAGCUGGACGAAGUGCGCAAGCGCCUGGAAAUGGCCGACGUCAUGCUGCAGCAGUUCUCCAAUCAGUCAGGAGCUCCGUCCGAGCAACAACAGCUGCAGCUGCUCCUGGAAGAAAAGCAUCAGCUCGAGGUUCACACAGCACAGCUCAUGGAGUCGGUAUCACAGCUACAGAGAGAGCGAGACCAGUACGCAGAACAGAUUCAGGAAGAGGGUCGAGUCUGGAAAGACAAAACCGAACAGCUUCUUACUCAGGUGACUCUGAUGUCAGAAGAGAGAGACAAAAGCACUGCUCAGAUCCAAGAGCUACAGGAGCAGAUUACAGAGCUGAAAAAUACAGCAGCUUCACUGUCACAGGAGAGGGAAAGCCAGGUCACGUCUCAGGCCUCAGGACCCUCGGAGAAAGAGCUGGCCCUGGAGGAGAGCGUCCACACCCUGCAGCAGGAGAGAGACGCUCUCAGUCUGCAGUACCAAGCACAGAUUCGUGAUAACGAACAGCUGAGCUGGUUGGUGCAGGAGCAAGAGACGAGGCUGGCGGAGCUGGAGGCGCAGGCGCAGCGUGCAGCCGAAGAUUCUCACGACAAACUGCGCAUCCUGGAGGACGUUCAGAGCGACAAAGCCACCAUCAGCCGAGCCCUCGCCCAGAACCGGGAGCUCAAAGACCAGCUGGCUGAGCUGCAGAACGGCUUCGUCAAGCUGACCAAUGAGAACAUGGAGCUAACUAGUGCUCUGCAAUCAGAGCAGCAUGUGAAAAAGGAGAUCGCUCGUAAGAUGGGCCAGCUUCAAGAGGAUCUCCAUAACGCCAAAGAGCAGAUGAUGGAGCGGGUACAGGAGUGUUCGUCCCUCCAAGAACAGAGGGAUCAGUACCUGUCCUACCUCCAGCAGUACACUACCGGUUACCAGCAGUUGGUAUCUGAACGGGAGCAACUUCAUAAGCAGUUCCUGCAGCAGACGCAGCAGAUGGACCGACUGCAGCACGAUGAAGUUCAGGGAAAAGUGCAGCUGGAGCAGAGUCAAUUACAGCUACAGCACGCCCAGGAAAGACUUGACCAGCUGGCCAAAGAUAACGAGCAGCUUAAAACAGAGGUUCAGGAGCUACUGAACAGCUCCUCGUUAAAUACAUCACUCAGGGACC